UUACAAACUACAUGUUUUUUAUUUUAGUUUUAAAGUUAAAGUUAAGAUCUGUCCCAUGUUUACACGACACCGUUUUCAAAUAAAAACGGAAAACUUUUUGGCCGUUCAUUUACACGACAACAGCCUUUUGGUGGCCUGAAAACGCAAACUUUUGAAAACAGGUUUUAAAGUGCAAGUUUUUGAACACGAUACCGUUGUCAUCUUGUAAACUGCAAACUGCGUACUAAGUUUAGCCUAUCCACCUUAUUUGUCAACGCGGAAUUAAGGUAUUUCUGUGAAUGUGCCAGACCUCAGAUUAAGGAUAUCAAAGUCCAGUAGCCUAAACUAUAAAAAUAUGGUGGAUAUGCAUGCACGUUUGGCGCGAGUGCUCUGUAAAAGAAUGCGUAAGAUAUGCGCAGACGCGUUAUCUUUAUUUACAAUGUGACAUCGCCAACUACUUAUCUGGCAUGCGUAAUACAGCGUUUUUAGUCAUUUUCGUGGAUCCGUGUGAACGGGGUUAGUUUUGAUAACGUUGUAAUUUGUACAAAGAAAAUAAACGUUUUAGUAACUUUUUAGCACAUCGUUGUCGUGUAAUCGUAUCCUUAAUUACAUCUAAUAAUAAUAAUUAUGCCUUCUGCAAAGGUGAAACACGUCAAAACAAGUAAAAAUGUGAUGUCCUUCGGAUUCCACUGAGCACAUGACUGUCUCACUCUCCACCUUUAAAGUGAGCUGCCUACCUAGACAGCAUGUUUGUGCGUAUAGGCGCGUUUCCAGGCUAUGAUGCUCAGAUAUGCUACGAACUGCGAAGACAACUUACUAUAGGCUUUGAGAUACAGCCGAUGUGUCGCAUAAAAUUAUCCGUAUCAAGGGACUCGGGCUGCUGCUUAUGUAGCGAAGAGACACGAAACAGAAGCAGAGCAUCACUGACUCUCAGUCUGCUCUUUGUAAAACUUUGAUUUCGUUCUGCCCAUUUUAAAGACAAGCUUUAUAGGCUACAUGGGGGAUAUGAAGAUUACUCCAGAAGUGUUGGAGCAACUAUUACAAUUUUACAAUCUUACUCGUCGGGAGUUUAUUGAGACGUACCAGAUUCAGCCGUUGGUUUACAUCCCUGAGUUACCAGCCAGCGCCAAAACUACGUUUGUUAUUGUGUACACGGUGAUUUUUCUCCUGGCUCUCAUUGGCAAUAGUCUGGUUGUCUAUAUUGUAUUAAGAAAGCGCGGGAUUCAGACUGCCACAAAUAUUUUUAUCUGCUCUCUAGCCGUCAGCGACCUUCUGAUAUCUUUCUUCUGCAUCCCAUUUACUCUGCUACAGAACAUCUCCUCUGAGUGGUUCGGGGGUGUGUUGGUGUGCAAAACAGUCCCCUUUGUUCAGACCACCGCUAUUGUGACUGGCAUUCUCACUAUGACCUGUAUCGCUGCAGAGAGGUACCAGGGGAUUGUACACCCUCUGAAAAUCAAAAGACAGUGCACCCCACAAAGAGCAUACCGAAUGCUGGUGGUUGUCUGGAUUGCAGCCAUGGUGAUUGGAUCCCCAAUGCUCUUUGUUCAACAAUUAGAGGUGAAAUAUGACUUUCUGUAUGAUCUCCAUCAUGUAUGCUGUCAGGAGCGCUGGAGCUCAAGCACUCACAGGAAGCAGUAUGCUACCUUCAUUCUAGUGUUCCUCUUCCUCCUGCCACUUGCAGCCAUGCUGAUACUCUACACCAGAAUUGGUAUUGAGCUGUGGAUUCGCAAACAAGUUGGGGACUCCUCAGUUCUCAAUGCCAUGAACCAAAGGGAAGUGAGCAAAAUAUCCAGAAAGAAGCGAAGGGCCAUCAAGAUGAUGGUCACCAUUGUUGUGCUGUUUACUGUCUGCUGGGCACCUUUCCAUACAGUUCACAUGCUGUUUGAGUACAGUUACCUGAACACGAAGUAUGAUGACAUCACAAUCAAUAUGAUUAUUGCUGUUGCACAGGCCAUAGGUUUUUCAAAUUCUUUCAACAAUCCUAUUGUCUAUGCUUUCAUGAAUGAGAACUUCCAGAAGAACUGCAUGUCCACUCUUUCCUUUUGCAUUAGGAGGUCCAGUCACCGUGUAGAUGUGAAGGACAAAUCGAAAGUAACUUUUUAUAAGUCUGCCAGACAGGAAGACGACAUCUCUGUCAUGCCCAGAAUACAUAUAGUUGAUUAGGUUCAGUCUGCAAGAUCAAACAUGCGAACAUCUUUGUCAUUUCUUGAAGAGAGACAUUCUGUUGAGAGCAAUAGAAUGCAUGCAAGAUGUAUUCGAGACUGAUAUCUAAUAAUAUAAAGUUUGAGUAAGAUAAUAUUUUCUCUUACGCUCACCAGGGCUGCAGAAAAUACAGUAAAACUAUAUACAGUGGGUACGGAAAGUAUUCAGACCCCCUUAAAUUUUUCACUCUUUGUUAUAUUGCAGCCAUUUGCUAAAAUCAUUUAAGUUCAUUUUUUUUUUCCUCAUUAAUGUACACACAGCACCCCAUAUUGACAGAAAAACACAGAAUUGUUGACAUUUUUGCAGAUUUAUUAAAAAAGAAAAACUGAAAUAUCACAUGGUCCUAAGUAUUCAGACCCUUUGCUCAGUAUUUAGUAGAAGCACCCUUUUGAUCUAAUACAGCCAUGAGUCUGUUUGGAAAGAUGCAACAAGUUUUUCACACCUGGAUUUGUGGAUCCUCUGCCAUUCCUCCUUGCAGAUCCUCUCCAGUUCUGUCAGGUUGGAUGGUAAACGUUGGUGGACAGCCAUUUUUAGGUCUCUCCAGAGAUGCUCAAUUGGGUUUAAGUCAGGGCUCUGGCUGGGCCAUUCAAGAACAGUCACAGAGUUGUUGUGAAGCCACUCCUUCGUUAUUUUAGCUGUGUGCUUAGGGUCAUUGUCUUGUUGGAAGGUAAACCUUCGGCCCAGUCUGAGGUCCUGAGCACUCUGGAGAAGGUUUUCGUCCAGGAUAUCCCUGUACUUGGCUGCAUUCAUCUUUCCCUCGAUUGCAACCAGUCGUCCUGUCCCUGCAGCUGAAAAACACCCCCACAGCAUGAUGCUGCCACCACCAUGCUUCACUGUUGGGACUGUAUUGGACAGGUGAUGAGCAGUGCCUGGUUUUCUCCACACAUACCGCUUAGAAUUAAGGCCAAAAAGUUCUAUCUUGGUCUCAUCAGACCAGAGAAUCUUAUUUCUCACCAUCUUUAGCAAACUCCAUGCAGGCUUUCAUGUGUCUUGCACUGAGGAGAGGCUUCUGUCGGGCCACUCUGCCAUAAAGCUCCGACUGGUGGAGGGCUGCAGUGAUGGUUGACUUUCUACAACUUUCUCCCAUCUCCCGACUGCAUCUCUGGAGCUCAGCCACAGUGAUCUUUAGGUUCUUCUUUACCUCUCUCACCAAGGCUCUUCUCCCCCGAUAGCUCAGUUUGGCCGGACGGCCAGCUCUAGGAAGGGUUCUGGUCGUCCCAAACGUCUUCCAUUUAAGGAUUAUGGAGGCCACUGUGCUCUUAGGAACCUUAAGUGCAGCAGAAAUGUUUUUGUAACCUUGGCCAGAUCUGUGCCUUGCCACAAUUCUGUCUCUGAGCUCUUCAGGCAGUUCCUUUGACCUCAUGAUUCUCAUUUGCUCUGACAUGCACUGUGAGCUGUAAGGUCUUAUAUAGACAGGUGUGUGGCUUUCCAUGUGUAAGUCCAAUCAGUAUAAUCAAACACAGCUGGACUCAAAUGAAGGCGUAGAACCAUCUCAAGGAUGAUCAGAAGAAAUGGACAGCACAUGAGUUAAAUAUAUGAGUGUCACAGCAAAGGGUCUGAAUACUUAGGACCAUGUGAUAUUUCAGUUUUUCUUUUUUAAUAAAUCUGCAAAAAUGUCAACAAUUCUGUGUUUUUCUGUCAAUAUGGGGUGCUGUGUGUACAUUA